GAAUUAAUUCAAUUCAUGCAUGAAGAAGUGUUUAAAAAUAUUUUGACGAUGGACGCAGAGGAUUUGCCGGAAUUACUCUUUUUCGAUACUUUUUCCCAUGAAAUAAAUGAGGAGAUAAAUCUGGAUUUAGUCCAGUUCCCCCGUCCUGUUAACGUCAAGGAGAUCCGCAUUAUACCCUUGGGGGCUCGAGUGGAAGCAGACUUCCCGGGAGGAGUGCGUUUGGGUGCGACAAACCCUUCGAAAUUCUCCAUUGACUUUUUCGUCAAUGAUUUGAGCCGACCGGGGGCGUCGACCUUUGAGAUUCUGGGAAGUUUUGAGUAUAACCAAAAUGACUCCAUCCACGUUGACUGUCAUCCCACAGAGCCUGGGGGUCGUUUGAUUCCUACAGAUGGACUGGUACUCCGUGGAUGGUACACAACGAUAACUUUGGCAGUUUAUGGGAGUGAAACGAAAAAUAUUACAGAACAGAUUGCUUCUCCGCCUACGAGUGCUAUUUCGGCAACAACAGGGGUUGUUCAGACUCCUUUGGAGGAUGAAGUAAAGAAAGAGUGGCCAGUUGAGACUGCAGUAGCAAGUGUCCCGACUGUAGAGCAGCCAUUCAGCCAUCCUGAAAUACCUGAAGAGAAGGGAAAAUAUCAUGAAAAUCAGCCUGAGAAUUAUCAAACUUCCGUUGAUGCAGAGGAGAAAACGGAACAGCCAAAAGAUCCACGAUCGUAUAGUGAUGAAGGGAAGAGAGAUGAUGGAGAUUCAAGUGGAAGGAAAGUAAAAUCAGCCCUUGAGUAUGAUCGAGAAAGAUCUUAUGAGAGAUUUGAGGAUAGCCGUAAACGCCCUAAGAGUCCUCCGAGAGAUUCACCUCGAAGACCAAGAUCCCCGGAACCCUUAUCUGCCAGCCCUAAUGAUUCUGAAGAAGACACGUGCAAAGGACAUCCUAUUAGAGUUCUUGAUCACGGGAGUACUGUAGAUGAGAGGCCAAAGGCACAAAGGAGGACACAGAGCCCAAGUUCUACGACUGGGACACCACUGGAAUCCCCAGCGGCAAUUGAGGAAGACAUUUGUAGCUCUGGAGAGCAGUUUGAGCCAAUUCUCAGCGACGAAGACAUCGGAGACGAUGACUCUGCCGAUAGUCAAUUUGACAUGGACUUUGAAUGCGAAGAGUAUGCAGAAGAGUUUACAAAGACUCUCAAUCCAUUCACAGUUGAACUUCAGGCGUAUACUCCGCGCACCAAUAAGCAGCUAACAAAGGAAUUCGAUGCCAUCUCCUGGAUCAUUGACAAAUUCCACAGUCGCUUCUCUGAUGAACUUUCUUGGAAAAGAUUCCCAGAAAUGAGUUACGACUGCAAGGAAAAUUGGGUUUACUCCACCGAGAAGAUUAUUCAGUACCUCACAUCCAGCUAUCAGUGGGAUCGCAUCACUGUGACUCCCUAUAUGAAGGCACUACUUGAGGAUGAAAAGAAAGCUGAAUGUAUCUCAGAAUGGAUUGUUGCAGGACUCAGCUAUGAGGCGGCAAUGUCCCAGCAGACUUACAAAGUUCGCCAUUUAAAGGCUGGAGUUAGAUUGACGGAAUUCCUCGGAUGCUAUGAGAACAUUUUCAUUAUGCUUGUGAAGAAGCGAAAAUUUGAUGUUUUUGGCGCUCUCUUUAGUCUUCUUAAGCAGGAUUUUAUGGCGAUGUCACUGCAAUUGCUUAUUCUUAGGGCAAUCUCCUCACUUGUGGAUACCAAAUUCGGUGUUGAGUACUUUCUAGGCGAAGGAGACAAUCCAACAAAUCGCUACUGUGAGCUCCUAAAGCUAAUAGAGGAAAAUCCCAAAAUUUGUGUAAAAUUUGCUCUCAAAUCACUUGUUAAGAAGAUUAAUCUCUACGAAUCACUGCUCCUAAUUCGAGAUACCACCGCAAAACUAUUCACUGAAUCUUCAGGAGAAUCCCUAGAAGAUGAUACAAGUCUUCUUUCAUCGUGUCUUGGAGAAGUCAUCAACGCCUACACAUGGGAUGAUAAAAACUACGCCCAGCCCAAAGGACUUUAUCCGAUCGUCAAGAAAAUCGAACAUGUUCAUGAUCCAAUAGUGCAUCGUGGAACAUCUCAUGGAUUUCAUUCCUACUUCCGCAUUCAUUCCUUCCUGGAAUCCCUAGUUCUUCUUGUGACCAACUCUCAUGCCAUUUCAGUCGGUCUUAUGGCUAAAGCUUUGAAGAUGAUUGUAGCGCUUGUAAGGAAUUCCAGCGGAUUAAAUUACAUGGCUGAGAGAAUUACCACAACUAAUCUCUUGCAUCGAUGUUUGUUGCACGAGGGAGCCGCCGGAGAGGAUACGUAUCCCAAUCCUGGGCGAGAGAUUAAAUCCCACAGAAUUGCUUUGGAGAUAAUCUACCGUAUGCAAACAAAAUACCAUUUGGAUGCUAUUGCGUAUGUUAAAGGAAAUGAAGAUGAGCUCGUUGAGCAACUCCUUGGACUUCAUGCGCUCCUAAUGACACCUGGAAGAUGUUUUGUAGUGAGUUACCUUACAAUGGAUAGCAAUAUCGACGUUAUUCUUUCGCUGAUUAAUGCACAAAAGAAACGUUAUGCUGAACAUCCCGAGAGUGGAAAAUGCAAAUCGCCUGUUCUCAAUUAUGCCGUGGAUAUCCUUGACUGUGUAAUCAGAAAUUGCACAAAUGUGGCUUUUCUCGUGGAUGCGGGACAAUCUAUUGUAAAUGUUGUAAAGAGCCAUGAAAUAUUUGAGUCUUCUGUCUCAGCAAUGCUGCAGGAGAUGGCUAUCUACAUGAAACCCCUCGAGAUUGCCACAAUCUUUUCCUAUAAUGAUGUUCAGUCGCUAUGCGAAGUGAUUAAGAGGAGUUUUGAUUUCUUCACCACAUUCCCUGGAGAUCUUAUCACAGCAUUGCGAAUAACUCGCUUUCUGGCCAUUCCGGAAACCCAUGGGGAGGAGAUAGAAAAAUCUAAUGAAAUGGAAGACGACACGCUAGAGUUGCGGUACAAAUUUUUCGUAAUGCAGUUCUAUUCAGCUGAUGGAUUAUCCUUAUUGGUGUCAAUCCUUGAGAAAAUGGUAAACUUCUAUCAACAGCCUAGCGUCCAUGUUGCUGCACUAGCCUCAAAUCAGGGUCUUCUCACAAUGAACAUCCUUCUGCCAACACUACAGGUCAUUCGUCGUGUUCUAACAUGCGUUAUUAUGGCUAGAAAUACUCAUUUCCGGGAUACAACUGCCAUAGAACUUCUACUGCAAACUUACAACAUUACACAUUGCGUCCCAAGAAUAGGGGCAGCUUACGCUGAUGCCCAAAUGGCUCAAGAGGAGAUCAUUAAAACGCUCCUGGUCUACACGCAACCCACGCCCGAAGAAGGAGUCGACACGGAAUCCGUACGCAAAAGUUUGUGGACACAUCUUGUCGGAGAACUUAUUAAAUUCACUCUCAAGGGUCCUUCAACUUUUCUUCCUGGACUGUUGGUCUUCUCGGAGCUUCUCCCACUUCCGCUGCCAAUACCGACAAAAGACUUCCUCAGUGAAAGUGAAGCUCAAAAAAUUGUUACAGAACGUCAACUAUGGUCAGCGCAUUUGCACUCACAAUCCACAAAUCUGGUGGAACUAAUCCAGAGUCUCUGUACAUCGAGCUACCCACAAUUAAUCCUCCUUCUCAGUCGUGUGUGUCUGCAGCUGGCGGAUUUGGCACCAAAUAUGAGUCUCAUGGUGUCCAAAACUAUCAUUAAUCUUCUGCUGGCUGAACCUCUUACAAAUGGAAUCGCAACAAGUCACCAGAGUCGCUUGAUUAACUUCUUCGCCAGCCUCGUUAGCCAUCCUUCAGUCAAGGUGUCCGUCCUUUCAAUCCUGCCGGGGAAAUUGAUGGAUUUCUUCAUUGCGAUACUGUCCACGGAGAAUUCUUCAGCAGCUCAUAUUCAAGCACAGGAGAAUGUCUAUGAAGCUCUUCAGGCGCUCUUGGACUCGGAGAUUACAAUGAUUGCCCCCAAGAAUGCAAAAAGUCGAGAACUAGCGCUUGCUUGUGCUUUUCCCAGCAAGGAGCUUCUUCUACCCAUUGUUAACUGCGUUCUUGACAACUUUACAAUGGAUUCCAUGCCUUGCCCCCUGACAUCGCUAAGGACGAUGCUUCUUAUGUCAGAACAUGAUGUCAUGAUUAACUUGCUAUAUAGCGAAUUUGUCAAAAGAAAAUAUGCCGUAAGUAAUAUUCUCAAGAAACUUGUGGUUAACUUUACUGAAAAUGUAGACCAAAAUAGAGGGAUAAUCGAAACGCUCAUAGACUUCCUGCGGACGCUAUUCAUCAUUGAAGUUGUUGAAGGAAACGAAAAUCAAUUGAUACCCCCACGAACGCUUACGCUGUCAGGAAAUCAACUAGCAACGAUGAUAAAUUCGAAAAUGGAUGGUACAGAGAGGGAAAAGGAGGAGGAUUCGCAGGAAGUGCACGCUCUCGUGGCUCUACAAAAAUUCCUGGAGCAGGAGGAAGUAUGCGAGAAGCAUCAACUUGAAGGAAUGUUGGAAAAUACACGGCAAAUCGUUGAUUUUAUUGGGAAAGAAAAAGAUGCCGCAGCUACAGAUCCAAUUUUGGAGGUCAAUAUUGAUGCAGCUUUGCCGCAAGCAGAAGGAAUUGUAACGCAAUACGCAUCAAGGAUUAUCUUUGAUGUUUCCGAAGGUAUCGGAGAACGUUUGACGGUGAAUUAUUGGCUCAAUUCUCCAGUUUGUUCAAAAGACAUUGUCGAUGAGAUGGAGCAAAUUCCGUGUGACUUGGCAGAAAUGAUUCGUGUUUGCUUACCGGCUGAAACGAACAUUGUGGCUGAUUGCAAGAGACUCCUGCAUUUGGUUGUGUCUCCACAGACAACCCGGGAGCGCCCCAUAGCGGCGCCGUGUUUUAGGACGCGUCGUGUUGAGGUGGAACCAUCAACUGGACGACCAGAGAAAAAAAUAUUUGUAACUCCUAUGAGGGGUAGAGGUUUCCCGAGGACACCCCAAGCACGUGGAGACUUAUUCAGAUCUCGCCCACCGAACACAUCUCGUCCGCCUUCCCUACAUGUGGACGAUUUCCUUGCGCUGGAGACGUGUGGCGCCCAACCAACCGGUCCGACAGGGUACAACAAGCUCUCGCGUGAUAUGAUUAAUAUUCGGGGAAGUCGUGGCGGUCGGGGACGGGGUGGUUUCGCGUCAGAUCGUGGCCGUGUAAGUCUAGGAUCCAAUGGAUCAGGCGGGGGUGUUUAUCGGGCGAGCAAUUCACCCACUACGUGGACAAAUCCCCAUCUAACGAGUCACAUGAUGGUGGAUACGGGUCAAACACAAUCAAGUGGGCAUUUCCGAACAGGUGAUGGGGCGUCAUCGAGUGGUAUCAUCUAUGGUGGGGAUUACCGGGAGUCACAGAGUCACUUUGGUGGCGCUUCCACGAGGGCAAGGAUGACACGAGGCUUCGUAAGAUCUACCGCGAGAAAUUUUACACGGUAAUUGAGAUUUUUAUUAUACAACACAACUCAUGACUUUCUUGCUGAUUUUUUUUUUAUGUGAGUUUCGUCGUAUUGCCGGCAUUGAAAUCACUCUGUACUCUUGGUCAUUUUGAUUAAUUACACUAUCAUUGUGCAUGGUCCUUGUUUGAGAGAAAAAGACGGUUAUUUUGUUCUUUCAUUAUUAAUUUCGACAGUAUUUCUAUCAACACACAGUGAGGGUGAGAUGCAAAAUCAGCAAGAAUUUUAUUUUAUUUCAAAUAUGGAAUUCCGGAAACGGUUAACUUCCGUUUCCCAUUCCAUUGGAUUUUACAUACAUUUUUUCUACAUGUCGCUUUUUGCCACCACUACCUCAAUUCCGCAGUUCAUCACGUGAAUUUUCUCCGAUAGAGAACUUUUUGCUUUUUUUUGCUGUGUAGGUGGAAAAAGUUCACUUUUUUUCUCUGGUAUAUUUUUGUACAAUUUCUAUUGCCCCUUCAGCAGUGCAGCAUUUUUUUUGUUUAAAUUCAGAAGGCAACAUAGAAGAAGAUGGGGGAAAAAAAGAAGUUACAGUGAUUUUCUGUGACGCUUGUAGUUGUGUCAUCUUCGUUCGACGACCUUUUGCUAAGCGCAUACUUUUAUAUUAAAAAAAAACUCGGCAAGUGCCAGGUGUGUACUAGGGUUAGUCAUUGAUGAAGGGGGAGGACUGAUGCGAACCGCUCUGUGAAUUGCUAAUCAAAGGUAAUUCGCAAUCAAUUAAUUCGCACCCAUAAGGCGAGCAAGAUGAAUAUACGUUCCGCGCACUUAUCGGUAUCUUUUACGGAGCCUCACGGAGAAUGGUGUCCCCUUUUAAUGAAUAAAUAAGUAGGUAUAUUCACGAAAUUGCCCAAAAGAUUUAUUGGGUUAGCAACAACGUGUAUGUAGCAUUUCUUCAGCCAGCAUUUUGUGACUUUGUAGGAAAUUUGUAUAAUAAAAAAAAUGUCACAAGAAAAUUGCAUAUUAAGAAAAGAAAAGUGAAUUGAAUGUUGUAAAUAGUGAUUUUGGUGGCAAAGAGAGAUAGAGAGAGAGAUGAAUAAUGAAAUAAGAUGCGGCUCGGGAGAUGGAGAAAAUGGGGCCCAUAACUUUAUAUAAUUUUCUCAUAUUAAAAUAAAUCAGGGUGUUAUUUUCUUAAAAUUGAUAUUUCCGGACACUUUAACUUCAUUUAAAUUCUCUCUCUCUUGCUUCUAUACUGCUUCUCCGGCAUAGCCAGUCAUUCUAUAUAACAAAUACAUUUCUAUAUUCUAUGAGAAUUGUCUACGAUAGCAUAGAACUUGUGGGUCGGUCUGAUUCUCUGUGAGAGAUGGCCAACAAAAUGUGAGAAUAAUGUUGUGGCAAAAUAACAACACUCAACUAUAUCCGAAUAAAUGAAAUAAAACCACA